AACAAAAAUAAAAAUAAUUUUUAUCCCAAUAAAAAAUUUCAAAUAUGAACAACUACUGCACACAUGUUCCUUUUUUUGUUUCUUUUAUCAUAAUUCAAAUAUUAUCCCGCUGUAAACUGAACAACAACUGUCCAUAUUCCUUUUCCACCGCUGCAAGCCUGCAACUGCUGCCAGACCUCCACGCCGUCCAGGGUUUUGCAAUCUUCUUCACAGAGACCCACUACUUUUCUUUUUCCUUCUUCUGUCUUCAUCGCCUCUUCUUUUUUAUUGCUACCGGUGGAAUUUGGAAAAAUAAGGAUAUGGCUUCGAUGGAUGAAACAAAUAUUUUUGAUCUUCCAUCUGAUACACACAAUAGUAUAUCAGUGGAUUCCCUUUCAAGCCAACCUGUGGAUGAUAACAGAAAUGAAGACGAAAGGAAUUCAAAUCAAGCAAAUGAAGGUGCCAAUAGGAAAAAAAGGAAAAAAACUUCAAUUGUGUGGAAUGACUUUGAUGAAAUUCAAGUUGCUGAAAGUGUUAAGAAAGCUAUUUGCAAAUACUGUAAAAAUGCAUUUGCUACUGGGGGAAGAGGUGCGAGCACAAGCCAUCUAAAGAGACAUUCAGAAGGGUGUUUGCAGAGGUCAGUACAAAUGGCUUCACAAAAGAAACAAUGUGUCAUUCCUUUUAAGCCAUCCAAUUCAAGUAAUCCGUUUAUAAGUCUGGGGUUUAGAUUUUCUAAUGAAAAGAUGAGGGAAGUCAUUGCCACUUCUAUUAUGGUACAUGAGUAUCCUUUUAGCAUUGUAGAAGACGAUGCUUUUAUAUGGUCAUUUCAGUAUGCGAACCCUGAAUUUCAGAAAGUUUCUCGUAAGACGAUACGAAGUGAUUGCAUAGCAAUAUAUGAAGCAGAAAGAAAAGCAUUGAAGGAAUUAUUAAAGAGUGUGAGCAAGAUUAGCUUGACAAUAGAUAUGUGGAAAUCCAGUCAUCAAGUGAUUGAAUAUAUGGUAAUCACUGGUCAUUUUAUAGAUUCUGGGUGGAAGCUUCAGAAAAGGAUUUUAAGCUUUGUCAAGGUGCCUGCUCCAAGGCGAGGAAUUGAUGUAGCCAAUGCCAUUUUCAAAUGUUUGAAGGCUUGGGGGAUCGAAGAUAAAGUGUUCUCAGUAUCAGUUGACAAUGCUUCAUAUAAUAACUCGUGCUUGAGGUAUCUAAAAGACUACAUAUCACGCAGCACCAAGCUUGUCCUCGAUGGAGCUCUAUUUCAUGUUAGAUGUUGUGCACACAUAUUGAAUCUUUUGGUGCAAGAUGGGCUUAGUCGAAUCAAAGAUAUCAUCCAUAAUGUUCGUGAAAGUGUGAAGUAUGUAAACUUCAAUGAUUCAAGAUUGAAGAGUUUUGGUGAAGUAGUUGAACAAAAGCAUCUAAAAGAAAGGAAGUUGAUAAUUGAUUGUCCAACAAGGUGGAAUUCUACAUAUCACAUGUUAGCCGCUGCUUUAAAAUUCAAGAUUGUCUUCUCAGAAUACCAAGAAAGAGAACCUCAUUAUACAUUUGCACCUUCAAAUGAAGAUUGGGAGAAAGUCGAGAAAGUUUGUAAACUUUUAGAGGUUUUCAACUUAGCUACCAAUUUAAUAUCUGGAAGUGAAUAUCCUACUGCCAACUUGUAUCUUUCAGAGGUCUGGAAAGUGAAGCAAGUAAUUGAUGAUGCGACAAAGGAUGAUGAUCUUUUUAUGAUACAAAUGGCAACGCAAAUGAAAGAAAAGUUUGAUAAAUAUUGGGGUGAGUGCAAUCUAUUGAUGGCUGUUGCAAAUGUAUUGGAUCCGAGAGUUAAAUUUCAUGGUGUUGAAAUAUGUUUUCCAAUGAUAUACAAGUCUGAAGAAGUUGCUGCCGAGUAUGUGAACAAAAAUCAUCCUCAAGUCAGUGCAAUAUGGCUAACAUCUCCUCUGCCACCACCCAAUCUGAAUCUGCGAUAG